UAUAGCGGCGCCCGCCAUCUACCAGCAGUGUCAGACAGCCAGUCAGUCGGUAAGUGACGCACGCACGCUCUACACGGCCAACCUCGAGAUAUUUUUCUCUUUUUCCCUGUAGAGGGUGUGCGAGCGGGAUAGUAGCGGCACAGCGGAAGGAAGUGAGAUGCUGCUGCGGAGCGCGUCCUCGCCGCUGCUCAACGCGGCGCGCGCGCCGGCGGAGCACGUCGUGGUAGCGGUGGUGCCGGCGGCGCCGAGGCAGGGGCCGCGGCUGUGCCGCGCAUUGUCCGAGGCCGAUCUGCUGCUGGCGUCGACACCACCGGCCGUGAUGAAGGACGACGCCCGCGCCCGGAUCUCCGUCUUCGUCGAGGAGGAGGAGGAGGAAGAAGAGGAGGUCGCGGCCGCAGAGAAAGACUCGGACGCUCGGCGGCUGCUGAUGACGAGCACGGGGCUUGACCUGGACGCGGCGGCGGGCCCCGCCGCCCAGAUGGCGCUGCUCCUCGAGGAGGGCGUCGGCGGAGGCGGCGGGCGAGGCACGGUGUGCGGCGGCGGCAGGUGGGGCGGCGGCGGCGACGACAACAACCAGGGCGCCACGGACGCGCACUACCGGCGGAUGAUCAGGGCGAACCCGGGCAACUCGCUGCCGCUGGGCAACUACGCGAGGUACCUCAAGGAGGUGGCGGGGGACUCGGCCAAGGCGCAGGAGUUGUGCGAGCGCGCCAUCGUCACCAACCCCGGCGACGGCGACGCGCUCGCGCUCUACGCGGGGCUCGUCUGGGAGACCACCGGCGACGCCUCCCGCGCCGACGCCUACUACAGCCGCGCCGUCCAGGCCGCGCCCGACGACUGCUAUGUGCUGGGAUCCUACGCCGGCUUCCUGUGGGACGCCGAGGAGGAGGAAGAUGACAUCGACGACGGACAUCCACUUCCGGCCGCCACGCCGCCCUUCUUUGGGGCAGUUCAGCCUCCUUCCAUCAGGGCGGCCUCUUAAGCUGCUGAAGAACCCAUCGCAUCUCGCCGCCACUAAACAUGAUGCAUCUGGAAGAAGAAAGAACGACAUGCCGCAGAACGCGAAACUCCACGGUGGCCCUCCGGCGAACCACUCUAGUCGCCGGCCGCGGCCCGGCAAGUCGGAAACUGAAUAAACCAAGUCCGGUUACAUGUAAAAUGAAUGGAUCUGGAAGGAGCCUUUGCUAGAAUCAGCAGACCUGCAGCUGCAGCUGUAGGAUAAAUAAACAAAUAAAUAUCUAGCUUAAUAAGUAAUGUUUUGCUGUGCUUGUACAUGUAGAAGUAGAAUGUUCUUGGCCACCUGGUGACUGGUGUCAGGUGUGUAUGUAUAACUUGUGAAUUAAACUUCAGAACCGUUUGCAAGGAAUAA